AUGUCGUGCAAAGACUGCGAGGAGAUCCCUCCUGUGUCGUCCCAGUACAGCGAGAAGGGCAGAUAUGAGACCAUCGCUGGGUUCAAGACGUACGUCACGGGCCCAGCAGACGCGACGCGCAUUGUCAUAGAAAUUUACGACGUCUUCGGUUUCGCCUCGCAGACCAUCCAGGGCGCAGACCGGCUCGCCGAGCAUCUGGGCAACACGCUGGUCGUCCUCCCGGAUCUCCUCGAGGGCAAGUACGUGCAGCACGACUGGAUCCCCGCCGACACGCCCGAGAAGCAGCAGCUGCUGCAGGAAUUCCGCUCUGGCCCGGGAAACAUCAGCACUGCUGUAGAGAGCCUCUUACGAGUACGCGCCGCGGUCGGGAAGAAGUACCCUGCCGUCGAGCGCCAUGUCGCUGUGGGGGGGUUGUGCUGGGGGGGCAAGGUUGCUGUGAAGGUCUCUGGAGAGGGGAACGAGGGGCAAGGAAGGAGGUUUGAGGUGGCCUGGACGGCGCAUCCUGGCGGCCUCGACGUCGAGGAUACCAAGGCUAUGAACGUCCCUUACAUCUGCCUCGCCUCCCCAGGUGAGGACGCAGAUACGGUCGCAAAAGUGAAGCAGAUCGUGGAGACGCCGCCCAGGGUUGGAUAUGUCGAGACGUUUGGCCCUCCCAUGUUCCAUGGCUGGAUGGGCGCGAGGGCCAACUUGGAUGACGAAUUGAACAGGAGAGAGUUUGAACGCGGCUAUCAAACCGUGGCCCGCUGGCUGAACAAAUUCAUCUGA